UGUGCUCGCGCCGCCAUAGCAAGCAGCAUGAAGAUGCAGGCGCUUCUCUCCGCCUUCUGGGGCGUCGGGCUCCUCCUUGUUCUUUGUGGUGCGCGUAUGGGGUCUGCUCGGCACAACUGGCAUGCGCCGCAAACAUUGUACGCCUUCGGUGAUUCGUUCGUCGACAAUGGUAACCUUCGACGAUCGCCUGAGUUGGGUGAGACGUCGCGCCAAUGGUUCUUUCCCUACGGUGUCUCGAAUGACCAGGCAACGACUGAUGAAGAGAAAGCCACCGGCCGCUUCUCAGACUACUUGGUUCAAUCCGAUUUCAUCGCGAAGAUGAUGGGGCUUUCGCUGUCCCCUCCGCCGUUUGAAAGCACGUAUGGCCAAACCUGUGGCCCUACCGGUAUGAACUUCGCCUAUUCUACCACCGGCGUGUUCCGGAUAUCAUUUUGGAUCAACCUCCGCGAGCAGGUCGACAAUUUCAAGACCAUGAUCAAAAGCAGGAUAAUCUCGAAAAAUCAUGUUACCCACUCUGUCGCGCUCCUCGCCAGCUCCGGAAAUGACUACAAGCAAUUCCGCUUCAUAAUGAACACCUGGCAGGUCACCGAUUUAGCCUGGAACAUAACGACUGAGAUCGCCACCAACGUGGAGCGGCUGCAAAACCUUGGGGUGAAGAAGAUCUUGGUGAACAAUCUGCACCCUCUUGGCUGCACGCCAUCCUUCAGCAGGAAAGAUAACUACAAAGCGUGCGAUGAAUGGGCUAACGAGGCCACCUCCAAGCACAACUACUUCCUAGAACAGAAGCUGGGCAACAAGAAAGGUGUCCUCAUAGUCGACAUGAGCUCCGCCUUCGAUCACAUCAUCGGUCACGGCAACCAAGACCUGGCUCAAGGCAAGCAGUUCAAGCACAUCAGAAAACCGUGCUGCGAGAGCGCCGACCACAAGGGCUACUGUGGACAGCAGGAUAAGAACUCCAACCCCCUCUAUUCCCUGUGCGAGGACCCCCGCCAGUACUUCUUCUGGGAUGAUGCCCACCCCACACAUGCUGGCUGGGAGGCCGUCAUGGCUCAACUCCAAAAUCCAAUCAAAGAGUUCCUAGGAGUUGCCUAGAAUUUGCGUCUUUAUAAGUUAGCACUAUCUAUAAUUAAGUAGGGUUUCUCGUGUAAUCAUCGAUGUAGCCUGGGAGUUAGCCCAGUAGCUUUAUAAUUCUCUCAAAUAGCAGUGUACCAGAUCACCUUUUUUAGCUUAUACUGGGAAGUUCACCUCA